AUGGUGAGAAAUCCACUUAGAACCAACAUGAGCAACAAUACUAGAGUGAAGCAGGGCGCUUGGAGUGGGGAAGAAGAUCAGAAGCUCAUUACUUAUAUCAGGAGAUAUGGCAUUUGGAACUGGACUCACAUGCCCAAAGCUGCUGGUUUGGCACGAACCGGGAAAAGCUGUAGACUUCGGUGGAUGAACUAUCUGAGGCCUGACAUCAGGCAUGGAAACAUCACCAAAAAAGAGGAGGAUCUGAUCCUCGAGCUGCACCGACUUCUCGGAAAUAAAUGGGCGGCAAUUGUUGCUAGACUUUCCGGACGGACUGAUAAUGAAAUCAAGAAUUAUUGGAACACCCACAUGAAGAAAGGUGUCGGCAACAGGAACAAGUUGAAAAUUCCAACCGCAUGUGAUGUUGAAGUUAAGCCCGAUCACAAUGACAGUUCAUCCCAUCCCUGCCCUCAUGUAGCAGGAGGCUGUGUACCACAGCGAUUCCUGUGA